CAACCGCCAACACAGGCGACGCUGGGCGUGGAGCAAACAGAGCUUCAUAUGUGUGCCGUGGGUGAGAGUUAUCAUAAUUGUCAGUCGUCGCCUAACGGGGUGCUUAUCAUAGAUUAAAAUAACAGGAUGGCCGCGCCCGCUGGCUUGCAAUCCCACGGUCGCGCGCACAUGCCAUGCCUUUAAUUGUAGGAACAUGAGAUAUGAUAAUAAACAAUUACACAGUACAUGUGAGGUCACGUCGCGCGCGUUUAGGGACGCGUUCGACCCGCGCAUGUCGCCCGCAAAGAAUGGGCGUUUGCUGGAAAUGAUGCCUGGUGGAACCCGUGUCUACAUGUCUGGUUUGUGGUACUCUUAAAAGCUCUCACGCGAGUGAAUCCUCCCGGCGCCCGCUGCUUCAGUGAGGCAGCCUACGAUAAGUCGAGCAGGACGCUCAUCAAGGAGCAGCAACCAUACUGCAUUGGCCGUGGCGGUCUUAGCUGCGGCUUUCGCGGCUGAGGCCCAGCCAGCGCUGUGUCCGGCUGUGGAGGCUCAGCCACGGCCGGCAAGCCGCGCCGGCGUCAGCCUACACCAACCAGGUCGCAGGAGCAGCAGCUGCGGCAGCACCGGCGCUUGCAGGAGCCCAGCAAGCAAGCGUGGCUGCGAGCGCCUAUGCAACCCAACCUGCGGAAGCUGCGGCACGGCUGGUGCAGAUGCAGCAAGGGCAAACCGAACGCGCAUGACGGGAGUGGGAAGCGAGGCAGCGGCAACUGCGGGAGUGGGAGCAGGAGGCACAGCAGCAUUAGGAAGCGGCGCAGGUGUUCGGACGUGGCGGCGCUCUGGUUAACAGCCAGUGCGUGGAGGAUGUCGACAGUGCCAGUGCUCGAGGGGCCGCCGCACCCUGACCCCAUCGUGGAGACGGCCUCGCUGGCGUCCGUGACGCCGCCCGACAUCACCUACAGCCACCACCUGCAGGACAACCUGGCCGGGGCCGAGCUGUCCGACGCGCAGCUGGAGACGAUGCUGUACGCCUUCCAGCGGUUUGGGAGGAGGCUGCCCGAUGACUCGCGCGCGCCAGCUUCUUGCUGAGUGACGGCACGGGUGUGCUCAAAGGCCGUCAGAUUGCAGCGGUGAUAAAGGAGCCACAGGCGGGCGGCGGGCGCCGUGGGUGUCCACGUCGAACGACCUGCGCUACGACGCCCGCCGAGACCUGGCUGAUCUGGGUGUGGCUGAGGACCACAUACCCGCCGUGUACCU